AUGAACCCUGACGAAGUGCGAGGCAUGUUUGCUCCUCGCAAGAACCUGGCGCGAAGCAGCUCAUCGUCGUCGAUAUCCUCCGACUCCUCAAACACUUCCGUUGCCACCAACGGCUCUCACUCAAACGGCACUUCUCUGUCGAGCACGUCCGAGGGCAGCCAAUGGUCAGCCAAUGGUCCACAGCGAAAACGACCACAACCCAAGAAUCCGUGGCCCACAGGGAAAGGAGACAUGCCAAGCGAGUUUUCCAGAGUAGCCAACGGCCGACCGAAUGGCAUGCUACCUCAUGGCGUCCUGCAGCAGUCGCCCGUCGGCGGCGGUGGACAAUCUCAACUGACGCAGCAGGGCAUGAUGCGACCCCCCGGGCAAGAUCAAUCCCAAGGGGGUCAACCUGUCCUAUACCUCCUUUCUAUGAAUGGAACAUUUGAACGCAAGACGAUAGUCGUACCCUUUGCCCCCGAAAACCUGCGGAUAGGCCGCCAAACGAACCAGAAAACCUUACCGACUCCCACAAAUGGAUUUUUUGACAGCAAGGUUCUAUCGAGGCAGCACGCCGAGAUUUUUGCUGAACGCAAUGGCAAAAUCUUCAUCCGCGAUGUAAAAUCUUCCAACGGCACAUUUGUCAAUGGCAUACGCCUAUCACAGGAAAAUCGCGAGUCUGAACCCCACGAAUUGCAGACUGCGGACCAACUGGAACUUGGCAUUGACAUUGUUAGCGAAGAUCAAAAGACAGUCGUUCACCACAAAGUGGCAGCAAAAGUUGAGCAUGCUGGGUUCUUGACCGCCUCGAACAACGUCAUGGAUAUGAGCUUUGGCGAUUUAGAUCCCGCUAAUGGCUCAAUGAUGAUGGCCACAGGGCAAAUGCAAAUGCGAGGUCGACAAGCAAACAACAAUGCUGGUAUGGGCCCCAAUGGGCGUAUGAUGCAGAACGGGCCUAUACAAAACCCACAGCCAAAUGGUAUGAUGCAACAGCGACCAUUUUUUGUCCCUCCCAUCGCAACAGAUCAGAUCAUGAAGCGUUUAGCAACGGAAAUGCGAAAUGCAAAGCUGCAAGCACAGGAUCUGGGCCGGACAAACCAAUUUAUUACAACGUUGCUGUCGAAGGAGGAUAUAAAGGACCUGGAGAAGGCCGAAUCUCAGGAGGCUCCGAAACCUUCCCCUAUGGUCAACGGUAACGGCAUUCCAUUGAGGACAGAUGCAAAGACGCGAUUCUCUGAUCCUCCGGCGCCACCACCACAGCAACCACUGCCAGAGAAGCCUGAUGUGCCGGGGCUAAAACGCGCAGCCGGAGAACGUUCAAAAUCGGGCCCUACAGUGUCGUCUCCCGGUCGACAAGAUAACGUCAGCCAGAUCAUCCAGCUGACAGAAGCACUCAACAAUGCCAAGCGCGAUAUGGAUACGCAAACGGCAAGGAUGCGUGAGCUUGAAGCAAUGCUGGAGAGAGAGAGAGAAGCGAGAGUUCUGGCUGAAGAUCUGGCAAUGAGGCUGGAAGAGUCGGCAAAGACUCAAUUGAAUGGCUCUGCCGUAACGCCUGCGAAGGAGGUCGAGGAGACAUUGCUAGAGACUACCGUCCUCUCAAACAGCGCAGAUGACAUCGUCGAUCAACCACAUGAUGAAAGUGGUGAUCAGGCUGAUGGGACCUAUGAGGUGGACAGCACUUUGCAAAUCCGCCUCAGCACUAUGGAGACACAAGUCGAUGAGCUUCGGGGCCAAAUGGAGCAGUGGAAGACACGCUGCGAAGCUGCGGAGACUGAGCGAGAUUCCGGCCGGAAGUCACUUGCCGAGAUGGUUAUCAAAUUGCGAGAGGAAGAGGCCCGCAGAGUCGCAGCGGAAGAGAAGGCUCUCUCCACCUCCCCACACUCGACCGAAGAAGGGAGCCGGGCUGCAUCUACCGAAGGGAAAGCCCCCAUAGCCAGCUCCGCUUUAACCAAAGCGAUCAAGAACGAGAGCACCAAGGCUGAUGAGCCAGAGCAACUCGAAGAAAGCCCGACGUUGUCAAGGGCCAAUACCAUCACGCCUCUGAACGCACCCAGACGAGGCAUGCCGACCUUUCAGAGCAAAAAGUUCCGGUCCGCCGGCGAGGCCAACGCCUUUGGCGCCCGGUACCGCGCCAUCCUGAGCAAGCGGCCAUUCCUCAUGUUCGGCCUGCCGUUCCUGGCCGUCAUCGUCGCCGGCUCCUUCGUGCUGACGCCCGCGACGGCGAUCCGAUACGAGCGGCACGACCGCCGCGUGCGCCAGAUGACGCGCGACGAGGAGCUCAACGUGCGGCGCUCGGCGCGCAAGGUGGACAUGCGCGAGGAAUACUAUGUACGUGAGGGAGACUGA